AUGGCAGACAAUACAUCAGAUGAUUCGCCAGCCAAUAGUCCAAUCUACACUCCAGUCGCGCCCAAAUUUCCUGAGCAGACAUACCGUGACAGAUCUAGGUCUCCCAACUCAGACGACUCGGAAGGCGGGCCAUCAAGACCUAUUCCUAGGAGUUCCAACAAUGAGCCGAGCCAAUCUUCCACCGAGAUCGACCCAUCCGCAGGAUCAAUUGGACGUCUCUACGUUGACCCAGCUCGUCUUACACCAGACCCUUUCCGUUCACCUCCACCAGGUCCCCCAGGUGUGAACCCUUUCAUCCGCCUUCCCGUACCGCCCCAACCAGGAACAGGCCGACGAGGUUCGAGGCCCAGAACCGCGCAAGGGACUCCUCCGCCUAGCCGCCCUUCCACCAGGGGCUCGGCUACCGUAACAGUAUCCAACACCGCUCAAGCGGGCGAUGCUCCCCAAAGGACCGCUGGACCCGCCGCACCUCGCCGUCCGUCCGCGAAGCGUACGAUCAAGCAAGAAGACUCCAACAGCGCGAACUCCACCCACCGAACCCCCGGUGCCGAAGCCUCGGCCGCUACGGGACCAUCAUCCGACCCCCACCCCUCCGGUAAAGGCCAAAGCGCGAAGCGCCGUCCCAAUGCCCGGAAAUUGCGACCGCACAAGAAUCCCAAACCCAAAUCUCGUCGGCCGUAUGUGCGCGUCGCGGAUCGAGAAGAGGUUGUGACGGGACCGGCGAGGAGUACGAGAGGGCAGAAGGAGAGGGCGGGGAGGAGGGGGAGGGUGGAGUUUGGGUUUGGCGAUUUGGAUCGGUUGGAGAGGCGGAGGAGGGAGGAGAGGAGGGCGGAGAGGGAGGGUUGA